AUGGCAACCAACGGUGCUCCUAUCCCGGCCGCUCCCACGCGCGCCUCGCCCGUCCCUUCGGCUUCUUCUCCCACUCCCAACGGCAAGCCCUCGUCACCCGGCGGCAGCGACGUCAAGUCGAGUAACAUGAUGGCCGGCAAGGAAGGCAGCUCUCCCCAGACUGUCUCCUCGAAGGACCCCAAGGCCGCCGCUCAGGCUGCUACCGACAUGCGCAACAUCGUGAGAAGGAAGCUGACGGGCUACGUCGGUUUCGCCAACCUGCCCAACCAGUGGCACCGCAAGAGUGUCCGCAAGGGUUUCAACUUCAACGUCAUGGUCGUCGGCGAGUCCGGACUCGGAAAGUCGACUCUUGUCAACACGCUCUUUAACACUUCUCUCUACCCGCCCAAGGAGCGCAAGCCCCCGUCGCUCGACAUCAUUCCCAAGACGGUUGCCAUCCAGUCGAUCAGCGCCGACAUUGAGGAGAACGGCGUCAGGCUCCGCUUGACUGUCGUUGACACUCCCGGUUUCGGUGACUUUGUCAACAACGAUGACUCCUGGCGCCCGAUCGUCGAGAACAUUGAGCAGCGUUUCGACGCUUAUCUCGACGCGGAGAACAAGGUCAACCGCAUGAACAUCGUUGACAACCGCAUCCACGCUUGCGUCUAUUUCAUCCAGCCCACCGGCCACUCGCUCAAGCCCCUGGAUGUCGAGGUCAUGCGCAGGCUCCACACCAAGGUCAACUUGAUUCCCGUUAUCGCCAAGUCUGACACUCUGACCGACGAUGAGAUCAACGCUUUCAAGCAGAGGAUUCUCGCCGAUAUCUCCCACCACGGUAUCCAGAUCUUCGAGGGUCCCCGCUACGAAAUGGAUGACGAGGAAACGAUCGCCGAGAACCAGGAGAUCAUGUCCAAGGUUCCUUUCGCCGUGGUUGGCGCCAACACUGACGUCACCACUUCUGAUGGCCGGACGGUCCGCGGUCGCCGCUACCCUUGGGGCGUUAUCGAGGUGGACAACGAGGAGCACUGCGAUUUCGUCAAGCUCCGCCAGAUGCUCAUCCGCACCCACAUGGAGGAGCUCAAGGAGCACACCAACAACACGCUGUACGAGAACUACCGCUCGGACAAGCUUAUCUCGAUGGGUGUGUCGCAGGACCCGAGCGUCUUCAAGGAGGUCAACCCUGCCGUCAAGCAGGAGGAGGAGCGCACGCUGCACGAGCAGAAGCUCCAGAAGAUGGAGCAGGAAAUGAAGAUGGUGUUCCAGCAGAAGGUCGCCGAGAAGGAGAGCAAGCUGCGGCAGAGCGAGGAGGAGCUGUACGCCCGGCACCGGGAGAUGAAGGAGCAGCUCGAGAAGCAGCGGCAAGACCUCGAGGAGAAGAAGGCGCGGAUCGAGAGUGGCAGGCCGCUCGAGGAGAAGGGCAAGAGAAAGGGUUUCUCUCUGCGCUAA